CCUGCUGCUUAGCUCUUACAUUCUAAAGUCCGUUCUUGCAAGAGAUCAGUUACAGGGUGCAGCAGACAAUGGGGGUGUAAAGCAGCAACUUAGGGACGCUUUCCUUUGCCAUUUCCUUGUGAUUCCAAAGUGGGAGAAACAGUCUCCUUGGGAUUAGGGAACUGCCAAGUGGCACAUUCUGAAGGGGGGGGGACUUUCUACAUAAAAAAGGGUGUUUGCCCAUAAAGAAAAGUUUAAUGGACAAGGGUAGCCUAGAAGGAUUAGUUUUCCAUGUGUGAGAUGAAGAAGACAACCAUAUUUUUUUUUACCAGAACUUAUCUAGGAGUGGGUUGCCUGUUUUUCCCCCAAGAGCUGUCAUCCAUUAUUAUUCUGGGUCAGCCAUGUAUCUGAUUCUACUUUGUUCUUUGCGAUGAAUGCUGUACGCUUCUGAAUUGUUAAUGAAGACACCAGAUCUAAGGAGGAGGCAGCUAGAAACAGGUGUGAAGUAGCAGGACACACUAGCUUCUAGCUGAGCUACUAAUACCCUGCACAGCCUGCAGAGCAGCUGAGUGCCAUGACACAAUGGCCCCUGGAACUUAACUUGCUUGAUGCUCAACGCAGAAACUGGAAAAGGAAGAGUAAAGCUUGAAGCUUCUCUUGAAUCUGAAGAAACAGAGAUCAUAAAAGCUGAACUGGGCUGUUGCAACGAUGACGCAGGGAUUCUGGAGAGUCUAUAAGACAAAAGUAAUGCAAGCCCUUGGUGGAGAGCUCCAGGAAGAGGAUCUCCAAGAUGAGACCGAGAAUCCUCAACUGGUGGAAACUACAGACUCCAUCAUGCUGUCAGAGGAGGGACUGAACUCCGUUUCUCAGUUGGCUCGGCGGGUCCAGGGAGCUGGAGUCAAAGGCUGGAGGACCAUGUCAUCUUUGUUCGGCCGGGAGGAUGAAGAUCAGUUGCUGGCUCCUGAACCAUCUGCUGACCAUCCUCUAGCUGCAAAGCCAGCAGAAGAAGCAGCUGAGAAGAAGACCGCUGGCCUUUGGGAUGUUUUUGCUACUAAGUGGCAGAAAACUUCAGCUUUGGAAAAAAUGACUGCCAAGGUGGACCCCAGCGAAGAAAGGGUUGAGGGCAGUGGGGGUUCUGGGGUGAUGCCAGCUGAGGAAGUCGGUGACCUUGGCCAUGACAAUGAUCUCCGAGAGGCUGAAGGUGUGGCCUUCAAGUGGAGCUUCGUAACCAACAAACUGGCUGAGUUGAAGAACAAGAAUAUUCCCAAAAGUAACUAGGACAGACACAGAAAUGGAGGACUUUGAGUGAGGGACCCUUUCUCAGUGAUCACAAUAUAUUUUAUUGUUUUCCAAGAGCUUUCUAAAAAAACGUGCUGGGCUUAAUGUGAAAUAUUCAGUUCCAGACAUGGGUGUUGUUUAGGAUGAUAACUUUAUGAAGCCUUCCCAGAGUGUGUGUCUCCGAUGCCUUCAUUCCAUUUCUCUCCUUUUCUCCUUAGAAGAUUGUCCUUAGAAUAAUUACGCUAAUGGACAUUUAGGAAAAAUCUCCCUUGCCAGAGACUGCUGCCUAUCCAAAAACAAGCAUCUCCUGCUCUCUUUCCACAUUCACUUACUUUGAUGGCACCAACAAUGACUUUCUAAGAAAGCAGCUGUCGCAGAACGAUUCAUCCAAGAGUCCAAUCUAUAGCAGUCUACCAGAUGAUUCUGUGAUAACUUGCUGCCAUUGAUAGACUUGGAUGGAGAAGACCUGGAUAGAGAUCCCCGCUAAGCUACAAUGAGACCUGCGCAACAGAUCUCACAGACUUAGGAUGAUAAAAUGGGAGAGCUCCAGGCAUGGAAAUUCCAAACUCUUCACACCAAGAAAAGUAUGAUGCAAAAAAUGUUGGCAACCAAAAGUAGUUAAAUCUGUGCGUGGAGGCACUUUCCAAUAACCCACAAAGGCAUUCCGAGCUUGCCAAGGGGAUCUCAGAGGUGCUUGGUGCUGAUGUUUGCAGUGCUGUUACAGCCUGGAAAUUCUGUUUUCCAGUAAUCUCCAAGUUUAUUUAUUUAUUUACAGGAUUUAUGUGCCGCCCAUCUCAUCCAGAGCUGAAGUUCAAUUCCUGGCACCUUAGGAAUGGCUGAAAAAGAUCUAAAGCCCUGAAAAGUUGCUGUAAACAACAUAGACGGUACCAAGCACCAAGGAUUAAAGGCAGUUUGAUCUUAGGGAGUUUCCUUUAUCCCUGUUGGACACGGUUAUGAGGCAAAGUGCAUACCUUUGUAUGCAAACAAAGUCUCCAGUUCAAUCCCUAGUAUUUCUUAGCAGGGCUGGAGAAAAUUCCAGUGUAAAAUCCUGUUUUAAGGUUAGCUGGUUUGAAGAUGAUUUCAGAUCAUCCUCAAAUUGGGUUGGGGAAUUGUAAUGGAAGACAGGUCUCAAAUCAUGGCAAGAUAGCUUUCUAGGUUCAUCAUAAUUUAUGUAAACUAGUAGUUCAGGUAGACAAGGGAUUAUAAUCCUAAAAUGUGUCAAGUAAAAUAGAUUGGAGACUCAUUUGGCUAAAUGAAAUGUUGAGACUCUAGAAAAAGUGCAGAGAAGAGCAACAAAAUGAUUAGGGGACUGGAGGCUAAAACAUAUGAAGAACGGUUGCAGGAACUGGGUAUGUCUAAUUUAAUGAAAAGAAGGACUAGGGGAAACAUGAUAUCCAAUAUCUCAGAGGCUGCCACAAAGAAGAGGGAGUCAAGCUAUUCUCCAAAGCACUUGAGGGCAGGAUAAGAAGCAAUGGGUGGAAACUAAUCAAGGAGAGAAGCAACUUAGAACUAAGGAGAAAUUUCCUGACAGUUAGAACAAUUAACCAAUGGAACAACUUGCCUCCAGAAGUUGUGAAUGCUCCAACACUGGAAGUUUUUAAGAAAAUGUUGGCUAACCAUUUGUCUGAAGUGGUGUAGGGUCUCCUGCCUGAUCAGGGGGUUGGACUAGAAGACCUCCAAGGUCCCUUUUGACUCUGUUAUUCUAUUCUAUUCUAUUCUAUUCUAUUCUAUUCUAUUCUAUUCUAUUCUAAAUAUGUGGAAUAAGAGAGAAUUCAGGCUGCAAAACUUGCUACAGCAUAGAAUGUCUAAGAUUCUUCUACAAUCUUCACUUAUUCCUGGCACCUCUAUCCUACUGUACAAAAUGUUUUUCCUCCUGCAACACCCAUGGGCAACAGAUGACUUUCAGGGAGUAAUUAGUCUCUAACCACUCAGCCCAAAUCUUUAUGACUAAUGGUGUAGCACAGGGGUGGGUUCUACUUACCUUUACUACCGGUUCGCAAUGGGGCCGUGUGCAUGCACAGAAGCAUUUUGAUGACGUCGGUGUUGGUGGGCGGAGCCUCCUGCCGGUUUUACUACCAGUUCGAUAGAACCGGUGCGAACCGGGGGCAACCCACCACUGGUGUAGCAUGAUGAGGAAAAAAAUAAAGCUUCAAGCAUCUAAUGAGAUCCUUGUCUUCUAUGACCCAAGAAUCAUCAACAGACAAGAUUGAAGGAUUGAAAGAUUGACAACUCUUAUCUGAUGGAUCUCCGCUCUCAAAAUGUUUCUGUUAAAGCUGGCACCAUUUUUAAUGAAGAAACUAUCCCUGGAUUCACAGUGCUGGUUUGUCGUGCUGUGUAAGACUCUCUACGUAUGAAUUCAGUGGUUCUCUGCAGAACUUUCAGUCCGUACACCAAGCAGACAUUUGGACACAACUACCUCAUUAACACCCUCAUUUUUCUUCAGAUCUUUGCUGAUGACUAUCAUUGAAAACAUCCUAAUCUGUUAAAAUGUUCUAGAUACCUAUUUAGUGUUUCACUGCUUGAGAAGAGGCUUCUGUUCAAACAUGGUGUCUUCUGCUUCUCUUCUUCCUCCUUCCCUGUCUGUCCCAAGUAAUGUUGAAAUUAAGUGUGUUGAAAAUUAAAAUACUUUAAUAGC